CAUCUGCAACCAACUUUUUCAGAAAAUGUCCCAAAGUUGUUGUCAGAGGAAGAGGAAGCUAAGCGGAUUGCAGAGAUGGGGAAACCAUCUCUGGGGGAACACUCCAAAAUGGAGGUUUUCAUCGAGGAGUCCUAUGAGUUCAAGAAUACGGUGGAUAAGCUGAUAAAGAAGACCAACCUGGCUCUGGUGGUGGGCACCAACUCCUGGAGACAACAGUUCAUGGAGGCCAUCACAGUCAGUGCAGGAGACGAGGAUGAGGAAGACUCCGGUGAAGAACGUCUUCCGUCUUGUUGUGACUACGUCAUGCACUUCCUCACCGUCUUCUGGAAGGUGCUGUUCGCCUGUGUUCCUCCCACGGACUACCUGAACGGCUGGGCCUGCUUUUUCAUCUCCAUCGUCAUCAUCGGCAUGCUGACCGCAGUGAUCGGCGAUCUGGCCUCUCACUUUGGCUGUACCAUCGGGUUGAAGGACUCCGUUACUGCCGUGGUGUUCGUGGCACUGGGUACGUCUGUCCCUGACACAUUUGCCAGUAAGGUAGCGGCGGUGCAGGACACAUAUGCAGACGCCUCCAUCGGUAACGUGACGGGCAGUAAUGCGGUCAACGUGUUCCUGGGCAUCGGGGUGGCGUGGUCGAUAGCCGCCAUCUACUGGCACAUGCAGGGCAAGCAGUUUGUGGUGGAGGCUGGCUCGCUGGCCUUCUCCGUCACCCUCUACACCAUCUUCGCCUUCCUGGGGGUCUCUGUGCUGCUGUACCGCCGCCGGGCCCACAUCGGGGGGGAGCUGGGCGGGCCGCGCGGCCACAGACUGGCCACCUCUGCCUUCUUCUUCAGUCUCUGGUUCCUCUACAUCCUCUUCUCCAGCAUGGAGGCCUACUGUCAUAUAGAGGGCUUCUAGAACCUUCUGGAACACUUCUGUAACACUUCUAGAAUUCUUCUGAGAAACUUCUAGAAUUCUUAUGGGACACUUCUAGAAUUCUUCUGGGACAUUUCUAGAACACUUCUGAGACACUUCUAAAAUUCUUCUGGGACACUUCUAAAAUACUUCUGGGACACUUAUGAGACACUUCUAGAAUACUUCUGAGACACUUCUAGAAUAAUUCUGGGACACUUCUAGAAUUCUUCUGGGACACUUCUAGAAUUCUUCUGGGACACUUCUAGAACACUUCUGAGACACUUCUAGAAUACUUCUGAGACACUUCUAGAGCCUCCUUACAGGAGGUUCAAAGUAUAACUUAAUGGAGAGUAAAAGUAGGAUUCUCAGUGUGUAAUGAUGUAAUGAUGGAAUGAUAUUGGUAUGAAGGGAUGAGAGGAGGAGAACAGUAUGAGAUAAAGGGAGUUGGUGGUGGCCCCCCUCUCCUCCGACCCUCCACCUUCCCUCAACCCCACUCUUAAGGACCCCCAGACAUAAUCAGUCCAUCUCCUCUGAAGGAGAUGUCUGUUAAGGCAGGAAGAGCCGGUCUGCUACCCACAUGGGUGUGCUUACAGCUGGGGUUGGGGUACCUCUAUAUACCGGGGUAAGAGCACCAGAGGGUGUCUCAUCUGGUCUGGUCUUUAUUCCACUAGAAGAGACAAUAAGCUGAUGAGAUCUGAGCUAUCAGAAGAAGUCUAUAUUGUUCUCAACACCUUGAUGAGAACAACCUUUUCUAAACUAAGUAUUUUGGGGGAUAAAACCAAAACACUUUUUUUCUUUUUUUACAAAAAAAGAGGAAAUCAAUGAUAGUAUUUUUUAGAUCUUUAUGGAGAACAAAACAUGUUAUAUAACUAAUGGAACAUAUAUUGUUGAUGAUGAAUGACAAUUGAAUGGUCAUAGUAUUUAGUAGUAUUUUAUUUGCUUAGUUUCUUAUUAAGGAACGAAUAAGAGGCAAGAAACUAAAACAGGAAGUGCCCGUGGAGGAG